AUGGGAGUGGGCGACUACGUCCACUCCAAGGAAGCUGGGCAGCCUCGUGCACCUGACCUGGGACCGUCGCAACGCCAAUUGCGAGCCGCACAGGCCAAAGUCGAGGUGCCUCUCACGAAUGUGGGGAAUUCCAAUGCGCAUGGGAGGAUUGCUUCAUCAAAGUUCUUGGAAACAAGACCUAGUCCACAUCAACCCUUUCCUACACACACCGAAAAUGGAGUGCACCGGGAUGCCUUCGAUACGGAUGUGGAGGGAGUCGAUGAUUCAACAAUUGCGGGAACUAGUGUUUUUGGAUUUGACGAUAGCCAAUCCCAUGCCCAAUCCAAUCUCAAUGGUCGCUACAUAGAUACCUCGCCACGUCCGUCUUACUUGCCCCGCCCUUCUCGGCAUUCACGGCCAUCCUGGUUUGACGGCAUGGGUGACAAGGCUAUGAAGAAAGCGGGCUUUGACUCUGAUGACGCCGAUGAUACUUCCAGUCAAGUCACUUCGACGGCCCCUGCAGACGAUGAGAAGACCGAACGACAAGAGCAGGAACAACAGCCAAGCAGUUGGUACCUGGCUCAUAAGCACCGUUCGACAGAAGAGCCACUAAGCAAGCGCCUGGAGAAUUUCUGGUCUGCUAGUAAGAGAGCACCCAGAUCAACUGAUCAGCAGCAGACGGAUACUUGGCAAAUGACUUCCGUGGAGACAGCGAAUGAGCCUAGCCCGCCACGGAAACUGGGACACAUGUUGCCCCCUACAGCGGCUAGGAAGAUCAUACUCCCCCACAGCAUGUCAGCGACGCCCAGGACGCGCUUCAGUCCACCUAAGCCUUCCCUGCUGGACCAAUUAGACAUAUCCCCAACUCGUCACGGGUCUGAGCAGCCACCACAGGCCGGGCGAACUCUCAGUAUCACAACUUUUGCGCAGCCCGACCACAGUGACGACGAGGCCGGCAUCGAUGAAACGAUUCGCCUGAGCAGCAGACGGGGUAGCGAACACUCCUCUAACAUCUUCGGUAUCACGAACAUGUCAGACUUAGACUGCGAUGAAUCUGUGAUCGAAGCCGGACAAGAUCCAUUAUUUGCUCGGUCGACCUCCAAGCGCGGUCGUAGCAAUACAGUCAUUCACAACAACAAGCGGCACCUUGAAUCAGAUUAUUCACCGCAGCAGCUGUACCAAAAAUCGUUCACUGAUCUCCAGGCUGAACCAUUCGAAAAAGCGCAAACACCCAGUCCACCCCCUAUCAAGUCACCUUCAUUGCCACCCGAACCCAUUUUCGCUCCAAAUGGCGAGUCACAAGAUAACGCAGUGUUUCAUCUUUUGAACCUUACUGGCCAAGACCGCCAAAGUUAUCUGUCUCGCAUGACCGUGGAUGAGUGGGAAGACUGCGGAGACCAAAUCAUCGACCAGUUCAGCCACCUUCUCAUGCAAAUGAAGAAACUGCGUCGCGCCCGUCGACAAACAGCUCGAGUAUUUGAAGACGAAAUCAAGCGUCGACAUGAACAAGUCGAGACGCAAAAUCAAGAUCUUUCUGCCAAGCUGGAUGAAAUGAGAACCGGAGGUGCCGAGGUACUUCGUGGACGGAAUCAAUGA